ACCAAAACACAUCUGCACAUGUAUGCUAGCUAGCAGCUAGCUGUGGCUGCAACUCAGAAAGUGGCGAAAAACGCCGCUGAAGAUGGUCCACUUCAGCAGGAUCUGCCUCCGGAAGUAUGGAAACUUGGUGGAUAACCUGCGGCUGUAUGUCCGUGGAGGCAGCGGCGGCAUGGGCUUUCCCCGCCUCGGCGGACAGGGCGGGGACGGCGGAGAUGUUUGGGUUGUGGCGACAAAGGACAUAACCUUGAAGAGGAUCAAAAACAAAUACCCAGAGAAACGCUUUGUGGCUGGAGUCGGAGCAAACAGCAGCAUUCGAGCUCUGAAAGGAAUGAAAGGAGAGGACAAGGAGAUUUUGGCUCCUGUGGGAAUCACUGUCACCACUGAUGACGGCAAACUUAUUGGCGAGCUGAACGCUGUGGGCGAUCGCAUUAAAGUGGCAACAGGAGGAUCUGGUGGCUCUUUCCACUCCGCCUUUCAGCCCAGUAAAGGUCAGACUAAACACGUCAGGCUGGACCUCAAGCUCAUUGCCGACCUCGGCCUUGUGGGGUUUCCAAACGCAGGGAAGUCCUCGCUCCUGACGACCCUCUCCAACGCCACGCCGCAGAUCGCCAGCUAUGCUUUCACAACUUUGAGGCCGGAGAUCGGGAAAUUGAUGUAUGAAGACUACAAACAGAUCUCCGUGGCCGAUCUCCCCGGGCUGAUUGAGGGAGCUCAUAUGAACAAAGGCAUGGGCCACAAGUUCCUGAAACAUGUGGAAAGGACCAAGCAGCUGUUGUUUGUGGUGGACGUCAGCGGUUUCCAGCUGGCGAGUAAAACCCCGUUCAGGUCGGCCUUCGAAGCCGUGCAGCUUCUCACCAAGGAGCUGGAGCUCUACAGAGAGGAGCUGCUGACGAAGCCCGCCUUACUGGUGGUGAACAAGAUGGACCUGCCCGACGCCGAGGACAGACUGGCAGAGCUGAAGGAGCAGCUGCACAACCCAGAGGAAUUUUCCGAGCUGCUGCCUGAUGACAUGAUACCAAAGAGCUUCUUGAGCUUCAGACACGUGGUUCCUGUCUCCGCCCUGACCGGCUUCGGCAUCAGCGAUUUAAAGAGCCGCAUCCGAGAGUCUCUGGAGCAGGAAGCGCUGGCGGAAGCUAAAGGGAACCAUGAAGAAAAGCUGCAGGCGCUCAGGAGUCACUCGCUGGAGCGUUCGACUCCACCUGGACCAAAUCCCGCACCUCAGUGAGACCUGCAGCGAACCGUGAAGGUUUCUGGAUAAAUAUCAUCUUCUGAGUGACGCUCUGGAGUUUGGACGAGUUCAGAUGAGAAGAGGAGGAGAGCAGCAAGCGGAGCUCCAGUGAGCCCGGCUGUCUUAUUAGUUCAGAUGAUCAGGACUGUAAAAGCAGCGUGACGCUGCUCUGAACAUGAAGAGAUCCAGAAGAGAAGAGGGUAUUUAUCAGGCUCUCAGAUGAAGACUUUUUAUAACUUCUGAGUCUUUUCUGCUGAUUUGAUCCUGAUGCCUUCACAAAGGCUCUGUCUUAGUUUCUUCAUUAUUUAUGUUUUGUACAAUAAAACGAUUCAA